AUGACAAAGUACGCUUUAAUUACAGGUGCCUCCUCGGGCAUUGGCUACCAAAUGGCUCUCGCGCUUCACAAGCGUGGAUACUCGAUUAUUGGUGUCAGUCCUGAAAGGGACCUUUGGGGUAUGAAGCCAUUGCAGAAGGAGAUUGGACUCGUUCCCUUGGCUUUGGACAUCACUAAGCCCAAGGAUGUGGAGGCAGCUGCAGAAAAAGUCAGGGAAAUCACUGGUGGUCGCUUGGACAUUCUUUAUAACAAUGCGGGCAUUAGUAACCUUGGUGGACCAGCUAUUGAGUAUGAUGACGAUAAGUUGCGUCUCCUUUUCGACGUGAAUGUGUUGGGUCACAUGUACGUGACGAAGUACUUUAGUGAUAUGGUUAUCAAUGCCAAGGGAACUAUUGUUUUCACCAGUUCAGUUGCUGCUAGAGUUCCUCUUUCAUGGGUGUCUGCCUACUGUGCUACCAAGUCAGCCAUUGACCAGUACGCUUUAGGCUUGAGAGCUGAAUUGAAGCCAUUUGGAGUGAAAGUGCAUAGUGUCAUCACAGGUGGUGUCAAUACUGCAAUUUGUGACCCAUUGUCGACCCCCACUUUAUUCAGCCCCAAGUACGACGUGCCAGGCAUCUAUGAAAGUAUCAUGGCUUCAGCCGAUAUGAGUAGAAACCCGAAAACCAGUAUCAGUGCCGAAAAGUAUGCCAACCAAGUUGCAGGCCAAAUCACGAAAAAGAGAGACGUUGGUUUUAACAUUUAUCGUGGGUACAGAGCAUACUUUUUGCAUUUCUUGCGUUUCUGGUGUCCCUUGUGGUUGUGCGAGAUUGGUAUCCAGAGACACUUUAAGCAGUACGCGGUGCUCAGGGCGAUUGCAAAAGUGGUGAAGAAGAGAUCUAAGCAGACUUAG